AAGAAUAAAAAAAAAGUGGGGAAAUUUAACAAGCGAACAAAAGCUCCACUGCCUUGUCUGCAAUGGCGUCUGGGGCUUUUCCCACUAGCGGCCACUGCCCCCUCGCUUGCUCUCCUCCUUAGGCUACUACUAGUACCAGUAGACGCCGCCGCUCCCAGCCCUAGCACUCCGGCUCCCGCCGCGAUGGGGUCCUCCUCGCCGUCGCCGCCGCCGCCGCCGCCGAUGAUCGGGCGGGCCGGCAACCUCACCGUCUUCAUCACGCCGCCGUCUCCGGCCAGCACGACGCGGGGCUCCUCGCGCCCGCCGCCCGAGUCCCCGGGGUCGGAUUUCUCGACCCCGACCCCCCACAGGGCGCCUCCGCCGGCGGCUGCGCCCUCGCCGAAGAAGCCCGCGAGCUCACCCACGGCGUCGGUGGUGUUCACCCCGCCCCCGCCGCCCGUGAAGGUCGCACCGCCGCCGGUGCAGGUGCCUCCGCCGCAGUACGAGAAGGCGUCCGCGGGGGGCAAGCAUGACGGAUCGGCGUUCGGGUUCUUCUGGGACGCCGUCGCGCGCGUGCAGGAAGCUCACGCAAGCCUUGAUGAGUACGUGGCGAACUGGUUCGGCUUGGAUCAGUCCAAGUACCAGUGGGCGCUCAACGACUACUACGAGGCCACCGGCAAGGAAGUUGAUUGUGUAAAAACUGGCAAGCCGAAGGAGCUUACUGCUAAAGUGCAGAAAGUUUGAAGCAACUUCCUUUUGGGUUGAUGUGUAGCUAAGCGUAUGGAUGCAAUUGUUAUAAUUUGGGGACCUGAAAGGUGGUCGUUCUCUACUCUCUUGAACUGCAUGAAGCAGGGGGAUAUGCAUUGCAUGCUGGGCGUGUCGAGACCGCAGUCGGAUCGUGGAGACAGGAGAGUCUGAAGUCGUUUUCUUUGUGCCUUUCAGGAUCUGCUGUAAUCCUGAGGUUAUGUCAAACACAUUCGAGUAUUUGCAAUGGCUAAUAGUAUUCUCAGCUGCCUGCCGUUCUUACCAGUGAGUGUGUUGCACUGUGUUUGCUAUGGUUAAAUAGAAGGGGCAAUUGCCACCAUACUAUUAGUGAAAUUCCAUUUUGUCAAAAUACUAUUGAAUGUGUCAAUGACAUGUGGAACUAGGUUAUUAGGUCUCAGUUGUCAUUGACAUAGCUUAAUGCUAUUUUGGCAAACUAGGGCUUCAGUAGUGAUAUUUUGGUAAUUGCCAUCACACUAUUAGUAAAAUUGCAUUUUGUCAAAA